UCCGUUUCACUACACAAGUUCGAAGUUCGAACUACAAAGUACACGAAGCCGCUGCAAGAAGCCAAAGUUCUUCCUUUCUUCUUUGAAGGGUAGAGCGAUGGGCCCCUCGACGACCUCCAUGCUUCUGUUUGCUUUCUCGCUGUCAUCGUUUUCCUUCCAUUCUUCCUCUGAAUCAACGAAUUACAAAGAGAUUCACCUAGGGGAUCCAGAGCUGCACCUCAGACCAUCCCUUCUCGAUGGAUAUCCAUAUACUGUUGGGGCGAAACAUAUGGUUUCAUGUGAUCGUGCGCGAGUUGCUAGUCUUUCAAGGUGGAAAAUCUGGAGUUAUGCCAAUUCUGUUCGGGUUAAUUUGACUCCUUCAGUGCUUAUUCCUGAAAGGGUUCAUAGCAAAUCAGAGGUUUGUUUCCACCGGAAUUCUUCUCUUGGAUUAUGCCAAUGUAUGAAGGAUGAAUGGCAAUCCAUCCACAAGGGGUUAUGGAGUGCUUCUAUGUCACCGUAUGACGAUAGAGAUGUUGAUGUGAAGUUUAAUGGUGAAGUUACAGGUUCCAUUACAGUUUCUAUUGUAGAAGAGUUCCAUCAAUGGCGUCUUAUAUUUCUUGUUUUCGGGUUUAUCUUACUGCUGUUGGCAUCGGUAGUCAGUAAUUGGGUGCCAUUCUAUUAUAUCAGCUCAAUGGCAAUUGGAGUCUUCCUUGUUAUCUUGAUCCUUUUGUUUCAGCUCAGUCUUGGAACUUUUCUUGUGCACUACUUCUCAAUGGUGGUCAAUUCCAUUCUCAUGAGUUUGGGGCUUAGUGAAAAUAUGCAUAACCCUGUCGCUAUAGCGGUAUUGGUAUCAAUUGUCCUUGCAGGAGCAGGACUAGGUUAUUGGAUUGUGUGGAAAUUUGUCAUUUCAGAAGAUGGGACUGUUGAUGUUGGUGUAGCUGAAUUUGUGAAGAGGGCAUUGCGUGUUAUGGCAAUGACAUUUAUUUUAAAGUGCACAUUUGAUACACCUUUAGCGAUGGUUGCACUGGCUUCUUCUUGGGCUGUCUGCUUUCUUAUAUAUUCUUUCAAGUGGCGAGGCUCAACAUCAAUGCUAUCCAAUAGAGGCUUGUGGUCAAGAAGGGCUAAACACACACCUCCAAGUCACAGUCGGACUGAAUGUUUUAGCCUGAAGAGACCAUUUGCUUUGUCUGACUCAACCGCCAAAGGUUUGGUUUUAUCACCCUGUGUAAAGGAACCAUCAUGCCAGCAGGAACAGGACUACUAUUCAACUUUCCACAAGGUGCCAAAUCGUAAGAAGUUCUCAAAAAAUGAGUACGAGGAUUUUACAAGUAAAUCAACUAGGGAUGCCAUUGUGGAGUUGGCAUCCUCGGAUGACUUCACUGAUUGGAUCAUUAAAAAUGCUAGCCGGAUACAACUCCUUCCCGAUGACAGUUCAGAUGACAGCAUGGAGAGUGAUUCAGGGUCUUCAGAAGAGGCUGUUAGUUGUAAAAGGUGGUGGUGGACUUAAAAUUUUCAAGUGGUUCUAACCCAAGGGUAACUUUUUUGUUGGCAUCAGUUGGCCAGUUGCCUUUUCAUGUUGUACGCGAAUCAGGGACAACCAAUGUUUUCGGGUGACAUAGGUAUAUCUUGGUUAGUAUACAUUGAUCUUUUCAGUUUCUUAGGUGAGGGACAAUUUGUCAUGCACUAACAGUGGGUAUCAUCCUGCAAUUUUGUAAAGUAAGAGGGAUUGAAUUGGAAGGGGCUUCCUGAUGUAAAUUUUUCCAUCCUUUAUUGGAUGAUCUCUAGGUCAUGCUUGCAGUUACUGAAGACUAGCUUGGCAAUCUGUGUUGGAGGAUGGAACUAAUGAAAGGCUCCCUUUAGUGGGAAAAUUAUA